AUGUCUAAAGAUAUUCCUCCUCCUGUAUAUACAAAUAUUGCAAAUAAUACUCAAACRGGAGAAUCAGAAAAUGGAAAUGUUAAUACUACUCAGCAAAAUCUAGUUCAUUCACCGACAUCACCACAGCAUUAUGACGUGCAGCCUCCUAGAUUGGACUUUUCUGCUCCUCCCCCAUAUGAAGACUGCAACCCAGAUUUUGUAAAACUACCAACUUAUGAAGAAGUGCAAAUGGAAAAGCGAUUAGAAGGAGAAACAUCUCCAAGAUUACCUGGAAGAGUKAUUGGAGGACCUCCUAGCAUUGGACCAUUACCACAAGAAAUACCUGCACAAACAUUAACUGUUCUCACAAUUGAUGCUGCACCUAAUCCGUGUGAAAUUGACACUAAUUUGUUAGGUACAGACUACAUGUUUUUGACUGCUUUUUUGGUGGCAUUGCUAUUCAAUUGGGUUGGAUUUUUGGUAUUAAUGUGUUUAUGCCAAACUGUAGCAGCUCGUUACGGAGCACUUGCUGGAUUUGGUUUAUCAUUAGCAAAAUGGACGAUGAUAGUUAAACGAAAUACUGAAAUGUCUGAUUUAUCACCAGAAAGUCGUUCAAAUACAUGGCUUUGGUGGUUAGUUAUGGCAUUUGGAUUUUUAAUUUGUAUUCGUGCUGUGAUACAAUAUAUGAAUAUCAAACGUGGUUGGAGACUGCUUAGUGUUCCUGCACAAGAACGAGUGUUAUAUUUUUAUUAAAUUUUUGAUCUGCUGGUUAAGUAAAGUAUAUGAAAUAUUAAUUUAAAUUAAUUUUUGUUCAUGUUUCAUAUUCUGUUUAAAGUCAUAAGAAUAGUGUUAGAAAAACUGUUUAAAAAAAUUAUUAUUUAAUGUAAUUUGCAAGUAUUUAACCCUUGACAACACACGUAGACACCAAAUGAAUUUUAAAAAUGUAGUAGUGUUAGUUGGGCUACCAAACACUUAACUAUAUAAAGUAACAAAGUUACAUAGACUUUAAUUACAAAUGUAUGAAAAAUAAGUUGGAGAGAAAUCUAAUUUAUUCAGUACAAUAAUAUGACUAGAAGGGGCCAUGUUAGUUUGGAUUUUUAACUAUUAUGAUAAUGGUUAAAAAGUGACAUCAAAACAUAUCUGAAUACUGUUUAUGGAAUCGCCAACACCACCAGCAAAUCUAGUAAAAAAAUAUAAAAAUAAUGUAAACGAGCACAAUUGAAAUAAAAGUUCAUAUAAAAAGUGAUGACAAUUCAGUUUUAUGAUGACAAAAAACUAAAGAUGAUUUAAAAUCAUGUUAAAAUUCUAAUGGGGGCUGAUUAGAAAAUAAUUUUUUCAGUGAGUUAUGACAACAAAGAUAAUGUUCACUAAAAAUCGUUUUACAUUCCAAUAUAUAAAUGUAGCUAAAUAUUCUUGCAGAAAUUAAAUCAAGACAUUCUUCUUUCGCAUAUUUGUGUAUAUUUUAAACAUGAGGACUUUUACUAAAUGUAAAUAUUUCAGUAACCACUAAAAAAAUGAAACAAGAUAGGAUUUUUCACAGCAAUAUAAACCUGAAAAGUGGGUGGGCAAAGUCAAAGUCUUAUUGUUUUUUUUAAUUACUGUUAACUAAAAUUCAUGCUGAAGUGCCCUCACUGGUUUGGUUCUUUUCUCAAGUCACUUUAGCCAAUACUUUAUAAUAUAAUUUAGAAAAAAAACAUUGUAUACUUAUUGUACUUUUUUAUGUUCCUAUAUUAUAGAUUAA